AUGUCGGAGCCGCUUAAAAGUAGACGGUUAGUUGAUCUUCACCCUAAUUUAGCUUUAGGCAGCUUAAUUCAAGAACUUCUGGUUUAUUGUAGCAACAAAAAAUAUGGAUGUCCUGCAUCUGUGCGUCUCGAUUCUCUUGAACAUCAUUCGAUGUAUUGCACUUAUUCCCCGGCCCUCUGCAAAAAUUCAAAAUACGGAUGUGAUUUCAAGGGAACUACGAAGACUGUUCAAGAACACCUUGAACAAUGUGUUUAUGAAAAAUUUAAAGAAUACAUUGAAAGUAAUAAUGAAAGAAUUGCAAAGUUAGAAAAGAAAAUCGAGGAGCAACAGAACGAAUUGGGAAAACUACAAAAAAUUGUGCAUAUGUCACGGAUAAAACAUACGCCGACGAAUGAUCUGGUUAAUGGUAACGGAGAUUUUGAUUCUUCGCACGAAGAGGAAGAAGAAUCUAAAUUUGUAACGAAUACUUUUCCUCAUGGAGAUAUCACGUGCUGCCGUACCAUAUCACAACAUACUUGCGGUGUAACUUCGCUCGCAUAUAAUGAUGGUUUAAUUUUUGCCGGUGCUCAUGAUGGCUCUACAAAGAUCUUCCGAGAACAAACCGGAGAAUUGAUAAAAAACCUGCAUGGUCAUCAGAUGUCAGUUUGGGCUCUGGCGGUUCAUGCUGAAAGCGAACGAUUUUUUAGUGCAGGCUCUGAUGGCACAAUUAAAGCUUGGGAUUGGAAAUCGGACACACCCAAUUGUAUUAGGACUUUGACCCAGCAUUCUGGAAAAAUAUAUGGAUUAGUUAUUAAUAAUAAUAGACUUUAUUCUGCUUCGUCCGAUAAGACUGUAAAAGUAUGGGAUCCUGUUACAUUAGAGAAUCUAGCCACAUUCACUGGACACACAGAUGGUGUCAACAAUUUGAUCGCAAUGAAAAAUGGGAAAUUAGCGACUGCUGGCAGUGAUAAUAGCGUUAAGAUAUGGGAUGUAACAUCAGGCAGGUGCUUGCAUACAAUUUCAUCACAUUCAUCAGAAGUAUUAGACGUAACGGCUGGUGACAAUAUGUUGUUCGCAUCUACCUAUGAUGCGGUCAUACAUGCUUACAAUCUUAAUGAUUAUACUCCCGCUGACACUUUGUCCGGUCAUAAUUGGGAAGUGUGGCAGCUGGAAUAUACGAAUGGAUCGCUUUUUAGUGCAAGUUUUGACCACACAAUCAAACGUUGGAAUGUGAGGAACCAGAUAGUAUGUGAUUUAACUUUGAAAGGACAUCAAGGGUUUGUGCAUGCAAUGACGCUCGGAGAUUGUAAUUUAAUAACCGGAUGUGCUGAUCGUACUAUCAAGGUUAAAUGUUUAUUUUUUGGUCAAAAAUGA